UCAUCGACAGGAAACGCUGCUGUGAAGUUGUCUCCUCUCUCUGCGCGUGGUCUCCCCAGGAUGGAGCUUUCCAAGGGGCCACUGCGCGCGCCCACACCCCGACGCCAGGAUGCCAGCCCGGAGCGCGGCAGGACACGGAGCGCCCAAGGGGAGACCCGGGCAGGUACCCGGGCAGGUGGGGCGACGACCGCGGAGAGCCCUGGGAGGGAACCCCCGAGUGGUCAGAGCAGGACCCAGGAGAGCCCGGGCUGGACGCGCGGGGCAGCCGCUCGCCGUUCGGGGAGAUCAGUGCUCACUUUCCCACUCUGCGCGCUCGGCGCGCUGGCCAAGCCCGGGACCCCCGGGUUCCUGGGAAUCCGGUUGCGCAGCCCGGCCCACCGCCCAGGCCCACGCCCCUCAGACAACCCCAGCUUCCCUGGAGGCGAGCGCAAAGACGCCCCGGGGCACGAAAAUCGCGUCCGUCUGUUCCGCCGGACGCAGCGUCCCUCAAACCGGCGAACCAACUUUGCCUGCGCCGCAACGCCCGGCCGGCUGUCCCUACUCCUGGCGGGAUGCGGGCUCCCCUCGCAGGGCGUGCGGGGCGCAGUGCGUCCCGGGCCGCGCCGCUCGCACCCCUGGGCGCCUCGGGUCCACUACGCCGCGUGCGCGCCCUCGGGGCGCCCCACUGGGACCGCGGGGCAGGCAGCGCUGGCCGCCUGCAGUUUCCGAACCCGCGCCGCACGUCCGAUUUCGCUGCCUUGCCAGGAUCAUAUUUGGUCCCCAGUAUGGAAGUUAAAAUAUUAAAGUCCAAGGGCCCGCGCGGAGGCUUUCUCGGACGGGACAGGGCAUCUUUGCGACGUUCCCGCACCUGUUCUGGGCUAGCUCCUCCCCAUUCCACAGAAACUCAAAUAUUUUCUCGCCGCCGGGGAGAUCAUAAAGGAAGAGUGAAUGAGACAGUGCUGCUCUUACCUAAAAGUAAGGGUUUGUAAAAGGGGUGCGGGAAAAGUUAGAGCGGGUUUACCCCCGAGAAGGAGACCCAGGAAGUGUGCGACUUGCCCCCUCCGACGUCCCCCAAGUGCCCCCGGCGUCCCUGCCACUUCAAGAAUGCCUAGAAGAAUAACUGCGACACCCAGGACAGAGACAGCCGGACAGGCAGAAGGACAGACCGACCG